AGAGCAAUAACCAGUUGUCGAAAGACUGUAGCCCGAGCCGGUCGAUCACUGUAUAACAUAUAUACUUAUUAAAAGUAUUUUAAAAGUGUCAUACAUGCAAACCGUGUAUGAGUUUAUGGAAGCAGCAAAACUGCGCGUAAUAUUUUAAAUGCCUUUUUUACGACUUUGUGACUUGAAAAUUUUAAUCGAUUGAAUAAGAGCGAACGAGUAUUGAAUUAAAUAUUCGCCGGAUAAUUUCGACAACGCAACGCGCUAAAGACACAUUGUCGCGCCAUCAGAGCACAUCAUUUGACGAUGAAAAGCGAGCCAUUGUGACAAAGUAAAGCAUGAAACGAAAUUAAAACGAGAGAGAAAAAGAAGCUCAUCGACUUGGGAGAGGACUUCAUCGCAUGAGAGAAAAAAAUCCUUUGGUCGAUUUCCUACUCCGUUUGCACGCCACUAGCACGCAUGAAACUUUGAACCUGUUCCUCGUCACCGCUUGACACUCAAAAAGUCGCUCGCACAAAACGACACAUUCCUACACAUCGUACACGGAAAAUUCUUUAAAAACAACAACAACAACAACAAACAAAAACAAAGAGGUGUGAAAAUGUAUUCCGAAAGAGGCAGUAGCGAGUCCGGUUACGACACACCCCCGAGUCCCGUUGAGCUCAAAUUUUCGAAUCGGCGAAUCGGUCACGAUGAGUAUGUGCACCCUCACCAACAGCUGUAUCCACCACGUUAUCAAGCGCCGCCGCCGCCGCCGCAACAUCAGCCGACUUUUUGCCCGUAUAUCCUCGUGCCUGCGCCCUACGCUAUCAAUAACGUUAUCACAUACGUCUGCUCUCAGUGUAGGAGCUCGAAAGUCGUUCAAACUUCGCCCGGCGAGGAGGACGACGAGGAGAAUGCCAACUCGUACGCAACCAAAGUUAAGCAGUAUCACAGGCGCGAGCAGCAGCAGCAGCAGCACGAGGUCAAUGGCAAGGAUCACGCGGCCCGACAAGGAUCGGCGACGUCGCGCAGCAACAACGGCUACCAGAACGCCGCGGGCGGCCCGAGUCCACCCUGGCUGAACAAGGCCUCGAGCCACCACAACAACAACAACAACCACAACAACAGCCACAACAAUGUCGGCAACCACCGAGCCAACGGCCACAGCGGCAACGGCUCCGGGGGCGGCGCUCAACGCGCGGCCCGCAAACGAGCCCGCGACGAAGACGGCGCCGGCCUGGCAUCGCAAGGAGGCAAUGGCACGCAGGAGGGCGGCUCGCCCAGCGCCUUCGACGAGAGCGAGUACACGAGGGUGUCGACGCCCCGACAGGACAUGCUCUUCAAGAAGGGCUACCUGUCGCAGCACCAUCAGCAGCAGCAGCAGCAACACCAUCGCCAUCACCACAAUCAGCACCAGCAGCACCACUCGCGAAGCAGCAGCAGCGGCGCUGCCCCCUGGAACAGCGGACUGGCCAGUAUGAGCGCUACGCCGUCCACGACCGAGAGCCACUCCGCCUCGCACUCCACCGCAGGUUGUAAGAAUUUAGAUGGAAGCGAAGAGGCCGAGGAUCAUCUCGAUGGUUUCGUGACGGCGGCGGGCAUGAUUACGGACGAUGGAGGCGCGAAUCACAUCUACCAUACGCCACAGUACGUGUGCGACUCGGGAGCCGGCAUGAUGGUGUAUCCCAUGAUCAUUGGACCGGUGACUACGCACAUGCAUCCGCCUCCCGUUAUGGCAGCUGUGUGUUCGCUGCCACCCUCGCUGCAUAUACCGCCCUUCGACUGGCAUCCUAAUUACGUGUCCGUGGGACAGACUCCGCUGUAUCAGUAUCCAAUGCACGAUGUAAAUUAUUCUACGGCACCGCAAAUGAACGCACAAAAUGAUAGUCAGUACAAUGGCUCGGUUAUGCCGAUGAACUCUCCGAACGCGUCGACCGGCUCGACGAGCCCGGCCUGCUCGGCACCGCUCAGCCCGAGCAGCGUGAGCGACGAGGUCAGCGCUGCCGAUCUCGACAAGUCGGACGUGCACACGAGGAUCGAGGAUUUGCAAGAGCCUCUCGAAAAAAUGCAUAUAACGCAACAAAUGGACCUGGAAAAGUCUCAAGAGUGUCAAAAUGAACGGCAGGAGGAGUCGAUGUCCACGGAGUCGCGAAAUUCUCCGGAGCUCGAGGUGCCUCCUCGAGUCGAGACCGACGAGGCAGCUCCGCAAAAAUCUCCCGAGCACGUCGUCGAUCGAGAUGCAGUGAACGCUUCGGUUGCGCACAAGCAAAGCGACGAGUCCGAGCUUUUGGAGCCUCCGAGUUCUCCGAUUCGCGCGGUAGAACAGACCGAACAAACCAAAGUCAAAAAUGUCGCUAAGCCUAUCAAAACCCAUGAAAUCAACGGAAAAAGUACUCCUGCGGUAACGCUAACGUUUGGUGAUGUAUCCAGUUCAUUCUUGGAAUCGCUCAAUGAUGCAUUGAACAAACAAGUUGUCGAUAUGACGGAUUGUGAACCAGAGUCAGUCGAUGUAGCAGAAAAAAUCGUUCAAUCAGAUAAGUGUAAACAAAAAUCUGAAUCCACGACUGAAACCAUUUCCAUUCCCAUACAACAGCAGUGCAUCGAUCGGCAAUCAACAGUGGUAGAUACAACUGUUGUUACGACUGAAGCUUCUAUGACGCUACCUACUUUAUUGAAUCCAGAAGCUCCUGAAUUCAAAUCGGGUUCUUUAUCGAAAUCCGAAAGUAAGAACAACUCUCGGGUGACUGCGUUGAAUCCAAAUGCGCUUGAAUUUUCUAGAAUUAAAAAUUCAUUUUCCAAUGCCAACUCGGAUCGUGACGCACAGAGUGAAGACAAUUUAGAAAAUCAAAGUAAAGAUUCUUCUGCAAGCACCUCAGUAGAUAAUAACGCAGUUAUUGAUCCCAGUGAUGCUGAUGAAUUUAUUAAACGAGCUAAAGGCAGGGGUAUACUAAUAGAAAUUAAUUCAACAAAACAAGACUCUCGCCGGUCUUCGUCAAAUCACGUUGAAUCUAUAUGUGUAUCCACUUCAGUCGAAAAUGUACCACCAGCAUCCUAUGCGUCAUGUGCCGAGCAAAGUCAAAAUGUAUCCGAACAAGUUGCAGAGAAAGAUUCUUUGGUAACUGAUGCUGUUGAUGUAAAUAGUACCAUCGAGCCUUUAUCUUUGAAAGCGCCCACUUUAAUAGAAAAUAACGCAGUAAAGGUUUCAGAAGUAUCAGAUACCGAGUUGAAAGGGACGGAAAGCUCUUCUGAAGUAAGCUCAAAGGUCAAAGAACAAGAAAUUUCGAAAUCAGAGAAAUGUUUGUCAGCGGAUAAAAAUAAACGUUAUAAUCCAGAAGCUGCAGAAUAUAUUCCGAAUAAAAGUAUUGCUCUACCACCUAAAAAUUUGGUUGAAUCAACUCAAAGCUCUAGUGCAGAAAAGCCCGAGCCUGAAGCUGCUAAUUAUUACUACUCAUCUGAAGCUAAUGCUGCAGUUGAAUGCUAUCCAACCCAUGAAAAUAAUUAUGCAGAAGUAGCUCCGUAUUCUGUUGAAAACGCGGUUUAUCCAACAAAUGAUCUUUAUCAACCAAACGCUAGCUAUUAUGCGGGAGAACCAGUAAUGCAAGCAAGUGUUCAAUGCUCCAUAGAAAAUCCGGAAUAUGCAGGAACGCAUUAUGUAGCUAAUUCUGAGAAUCUCGUGGUAGAAGAAAGUUAUUCGACAGAGCAGUCGCAUUUCGCAGAAUCGAAUCAGUAUGAAUCGCAACAAUUGAAUUAUGAAAAUGCUAUCUACGAUCAAGGAAAUUUAUCGUGCGUCGAUCCAGCUCAAUACGAACAAGAACAAUCGACUUAUGAGCAUUAUCAACAAGUCACAGUAGAAAAUGUCGAUGUUUCUCAGACUCACGAAAAUGGUUACAUUUCUCUUACUAAUUAUACAACAGAUACUCCUUACAUCGUUCAAUCCGAAGAGUAUGUAGACCCUACUUAUGCAGUUCCAAGAGAAGAGUGCAGCGUUCCUGUCCACUCUUAUCCUUCUGAAUUCAAUGUAACUUCUGAGAAUCACAUUAUUGUAAAUGGUUAUCACAAUGAUUCUCAAUAUAAUGCCGAAGGAGAGUAUGCUGAAGCUGUGUAUCAUCCAAACGAAACUGAUUUUCAGCAUAGUGAAGAAUACAGGUCUGCUGAACAUUACUCUGUGGACGAUCAAGUGAUUUGUGAACCUAAUACUUCGCUUGAAACAGAACUGACUGUUGAUAAAUGUGACUCAGAAUCUAGUGCAGAGCAACGUUACGUCGAACAGUCUCACUGUCAAAUACCAGCCGAUGAGAGUAUACAAGCCGCUGCUGAUAACCUUGCAGAAGUGACGGAUUGUGACCAAAAUACGUUAGCUCAACCAAAAACAGAGUGCGCCGAACUCAUUUCAAAUCAACCAGAAACAGCUCCUGAUGCUGAACCUGUUACAUACACCGAAGCAGUACCUUGUGCUGAAACCGUUGUAUAUUCAGAAGCAGCACCAUGCGUUGAAUCUGUUGUAUACGCAGAUUCGAUACCUUGCACUGAAUCUGUUGUAUACGCAGAAACAAUACCAAGUGUUGAAACUGCUGCAUACGCAGAAGCAGUACCAAGUGUUGAGUCCGUUGCAUACCCUGAAAAUGAAAUGCCGGAAUAUGUUGUACCGACACAAGUUUACCUGUCACAAAACUCUUACGGAACGUAUGGCAAUCCUCAAUACCAAGAACCGACAGUUUAUGCACCAUCAGCUACAUAUCAUCAAGACAGAAUAAAUUACAUUGCAUCUGAAGAAUAUCGACCAGUAGCUUAUGUACCACCAACUGUUACAGCUACAAGUAGCUAUCAAGGAAUUCCAGUCAGCUAUGCUCCAGAAUAUACAACCAUGCAGCAAUAUCCAAUAAAUAACAGUUCAACUGAAUACUCAGUGCAAGCUGUUGCAGAGUUUCCUGUUGGAUCGAGCUAUGUUGAUGGCGUAGUGACGUAUCCAAUGAGCCGAGCUCAGGCCUUUGUACCUCAAGUACUUAAUAGCCCGUACGUUUAUCCUGGAAGCAUGGUAACUGGCACUGGCGGGACCAUUCCAAAUGGGCAUACGCUCAGUUACAGCGCCAUGCAUCAAGUCAGGUCAAAAAAUAGUGGAGCUCGAGCUGUACCCAUUGUGAGCCCCGAAGAGGCAAAGUUCCACGAAGAAAAACAGAAAAAACACGAAAGAUCUUCAGUUUCCCAACAAAAGCACUCGGAAUCGAUCGAGCCGAAAUCAAAAAGUUCCUUGAACCCAGACUGUGCUGAAUUCACAUUAUCAAGCACACCGGUUACAGAGGAGAAGAAUUGGAUUUCAAAAUCAGUCUUGAAUCCUGCCACUGAAGAAUUCCAACCAGCUUCGAUGACGAACGGUGCUGAAGAUCACAUGGACUCGAUGCCUCCAAAAGAUAAUCGUUACAGCAAUCACAAUAGCGAAGCUGACAACGAAAAUUUAAGACUGAAUUGUUCGGUAGAAAGUCAAAAAGACGGCAUUGCUGAUAAAAAAGACGCUGAAAUUUCGAAAACAGUUCCUUUGACUAAUGGUGAUAUUACGCUGGAAGACCAAGAUUCUGUCGUUGAUGAAAAAGAAAACAGUGAAGACGUCUCUUCGGCGGUAGAUAAUUUGAACGUAUCUUCAAAUCUCGAUUCGACGUCAGUAUACGUUAGUCCUCAAAACGACAAAGAUUUCGAUAUCAGUCUUUCGUGGACAAACAAAAUUACUUCUGAGAAUUUUUGUCAUGAGAGCACAACGACUACGAUGGCCACUACAGUGGCCAGUACGACUUCGACUUCGACUAAUUUAUUGACAGAAAUUGUGACUAAGAAGACAACAAUCGAAGUGCCACCGUCUAUUGCUACUGUAACAACCGACGAAGAUUCCGGUGUCGAUAGUCAACCAUCAAAGUUGAAUUAUGCAGCUGAUAAACAAAUAAGCGAAGCUGUGAACGAAUGGCUGAAAAGAGCCAGUUCGCCGAGAUUAUUCAUAACAUCCUCUGACUCGGCUAGUGACGAUGACGACGACAACGACGACCGCGAAAAUGGCAGCGACGAAUCGGAUGACGAUGACGAAAUAAAGGAUGUGAAAAUAGCAGCUCACAGCUGGCCGACAAGUGACAAACCGUCAAAAAACUUGAAAGGCAACCCUAUGCUUGCACUAUCUUAUAGUAGCGCAGACCAGUAUGGUUUCGAGACUAAAAUAGAUUGCGGACGAUUUGCAAGAUUCAACGACACUGUACGCGAAAGAGAAAAAGCUUCAAAUGGCAACUCUAUUUCGAAUGGAAAAAAAGUUAACAAGCAAAAGAGAAAACCAAACGCAUUUUUGCUGUUGAAGGGUGUUGCAAGCCAUAAGAACAUUGACAAAUCUGCAACUAAUAUUUCCUCAAAACAAUGCAGUCGAAUCAAAGAAAAAGAAGAUCAUUUUGGGAAUUUUUCGCCAAAAAAUGAAAUCGAUAGAACUUGCAAUUUCACCGCCAAAGAUAGAGAUGUGAGUAUGAGGGUUGCCAAAAACUCUCGGAUAAAGUUAAAACGAAGAGGUCAAGAGUCUGGACAAAAAUUAAGUGAUUUGCAUACUAAAUCAAACAAUUUUCAAGAAAAUGUAUGCAGUAAUGCACGUGCAGUAGACGAUGAACAAGUGAAGACUUUUGAGAAAGGCGAAAUUAUCGUUUCAAUGCAAGGUGAACUGCUUCUUGUCUCCCAAGAGCGCAGAAAAAUUGGAAAAAGUAGCAACAACAGUAGCAGUUAUAGUGCGUCCAACGAUUCAGAAGUUGAUAAUCGCUCCCUCGGCAGCAUCGACGAGCCCGACGUGCUCGAGUGUUGGGAAGCUGAGAUAGUUGAACCUAUCGAAAAGAAACCCUGUCAAGCUGCUAAUGAAGAUGCAACGUUGAGGGAUUCAGCUGAGAACCACGUUAACGUUUUUUACCGAUUACACGAUGACUCGAGUUUGGAAAGCAGCCUCGAAGAUUAUGCCGCGCCUACAUCAGUUCGUGUUACGAACUCUGAUGAGAUAAGCAUUAACCCUUUGGGAAAAAUUAUGGUGCACAAUGUUGUUGUAGAAGAAGAAACGCCGACUAGUAUCAACGAUAGCUACCCGAAUCUACCGCUCGACGAAGCCUAUGAGGUCUAUGAAAGCUGCUACACGGGUGGAAAGCCUCUACCAAACCUAGUCGAUCCACCGAUAAUAACCGCACCUUUUUACAAGACCAGUGUUUCUCCUCAAGAUGAUCCUAUACCUUGUAAAGCUGUUUGUUGCUCUAUACAAUGACACAUAAGUGAAGUUGAUUUUAUCAACACGGCCGUCCUCCCACGGAGAUUCUAUACCGCGGAGUGUGUAGGAAAUGAUAUCGAGGGUUCUAUAAACUAGCGCUGCUUUUCAUUUCCUUUAUUGACUGUUCGAUAUUUAAGUUCACAACUGACAAGCAUUUUUACAAAUUUUUAACUGAAAUAUAAACAAAUUUUUUACACAAAAUAAUGUACAAGGAAAUGAAUAGAUAGCGCGAGUUUAUAGUUGCCCUAAUUGAUAAUUGAGAGUAUGAUGGUUGAAUGAUGGAAUUAUAUUGAAUAACGUCGAUUAAACAGAUUUUUGUACAUAAAAUUAAAACGCGGUAACGGAAAUUGAUGGGGAAAAAUUAAUUGUGUUCCAAUGUAAAGCUUUGCAUUUGUAAAUAACAUAACAAAGCAUUCUCUCACGUCUUCACUCAUAAGUUACGUACAAAAAAAAACAACUAUUUCGAUAUGCAUCAGUGUAAUACAGGUAUGCACUAGUAAAAAAUAUUUUAAUAAGUUACCGUAGGGUCUUGUAAUAAUAUCGUUUUUUUCUCUCUUAUAAAGUUUGCGAGACACGUGAUUUCCAGAGUUUCAUAUGUAUGUAGCUUUUCAAAGACAGUUAAAAAAUACCUGUCAGGGUUCCUAAUUAUUAUUAUUAGAUAUAUUAAUCGUAGAUAAAGUCAUUUUUAACCGUAAGAAUUUCGUUCAUUUCAAAAAUUUAUAGCAAAACAGUUAAUUUGACAACUUAACAAAGAUUACGUGAAUAUUAUUCCACGAUUGAUUGAAGGGUGUAUUUUUUUCAUCUCAAAUGUGAUUAUCCCAUUUUAAUUGAUUAAGUAACAUUGAGUACGACUCAUAAAUACACUUUGUUAAAACUGCUAGUUGCAAAAAUCCAAGUUCGCAAAUGUAUAAUUAUUGUAAUUCUUUAUUGCGUUGAGCCUCCGUGCAUAAUAUGCUCUCGAUACUUUUUUUUCAUUUUCCAUUUAUAAUAAUGAAAUGAAACUAAGAGUUAGAAGCUAGUCCGACGAAGGCUGACGAAAACUGAUACCAAAGUGGUUGAGCAUGAGACAGGAUAUUGUUAUAAUUGUUAUAUAUCGUUCUUGUUAUCGAAUGAUUCGAAUAUAGAAAGUGUGAGGUGAGGCUAGAACUCACGUCGCCUAUGUAAUUAAAACAUAUUUUAUACAACCUUAUUACGCGAGAUUUCUCAGAUCUUCUUGUUUGAAAGAAGUACAUUUUUCAUUGUCGUUUUUUCAAAUGAAAAAAAAGAUACAAAGAAAAAAACA